UUGGCGCUCACGUGUCGGGAGGAGGAGCGACCUUUUCCCUCCCGCUCACCCGGCCGCCGCGCUAUAUCUCGCCCUCCUACCCCGCACCCGCCUCCCUCGACGCCCCCAGCACUCCCACCCCCAGUGCAGACGACCAUCGCGACCAUCCUGGCCGCCGCAACGCGCACACGACCGCCCACACUCCUAGACGCGCAGUGCUCCGAGCUCAAUUUUACUCACUAGACGAUCCGCGUUCCCGCUAGCACAUCUAGACUCUGAACUCCCCUUCUACUGAGCACACCCACGAGGUCCCUCCACGCGAUGAAGAGCUGCCUGAAGAGCCCGACUCCGCCAUUGUCGCCCUACCCGUCCGCGCCACCCACGCCGGGCGAGUGCCCGCCGCGGCUGCAGAAGACGGUGUCGUUCUGCGAGGACGACGAGCUGGAGGAGGUGUUUGAGGUCGACGAGUGGGAUCGCUCGCCCGCGCCGGUGACGCCGCGGCUGUCCUACGAUGACGUCCUCGAACUCAAGCGGCUCCGGCUCACCCUCCCCCGCCCCGCCCCGCCGCCCACCUCCCGUCAGCCAUACACCACCUCCUCGCCCACCGCCUACACCGCCGCCGCGUCCCGGCCCUUCCCGCUCUCCCGCUUCGCCAGCCAGCCCAGCCAGACCCCGUCCAAGUGGAAGAACCGCGGCACCACCCCCGACCCAGGCUACUUCGACGCCGACAUCCUCCCCUAUCUCGACGCAGUCCCCAUCCGCCUCCUCCCCCUGCUCGACACCCCCGCUGCCCCGGAACCUCCCAGUCCCCAGCUGCUCGCAGAGGCUGAGCCCAUCGCCAGAGCCGACCCUCCAUCGCAACUGCAUCCGACAUCAUCACCUCCGCCACAACCCUCACCCGCACAGACGCCGCCCUCCCCUCCUUCGGCACCCUCACCACCCUCAUUGUCAAUAUCUCCUCCGCCAUUGCAAAUCCCGUCAUCCUCGCCCUCCACUCCUCCCGCAGCACUACCCUCUUCGCCAUCAACGCCGACCGCCACACCAGCAUCCUCCAGACCUCCUCCUCGCCGCCUACCCACCUUCUCGUUUCUUCCUCUCUUGCCCGUCCAACGUGCUGCCCCGUCGCCACCAUCAGAGCCUGUACGCCCGCCAGCACCACCCCAAAGGCGCAUCAACAUGACCUUUCUCCCGCUCGUCGCUCCGCCAUCCCCACCAUCGGUACCUCCGCAGUCGUUGCCCGAGCCAACGCCACAUCCAGAGCCCGAACAAGAGCCCGAGGCUGACCUCGAGCCCGAGCUCGCACCGACGCCGACUCUCGCCCCCAUCCGAGAGCCCUCACCCCCCGAGCCGGGUCUCGCACCACCGUCAGCCGCAGGUCCAGAGAGCCCGAUAGAAGGCUCGCCCAACGGAGGCGCGGAGGAAUCCACAGACGAGGAAUAUAACGACCUCCCCGCGCGCGCACUAUCGCCGACGGACCUCUCCACCCCCGCACUGAGCUCCGCAUCCGAGAGCGACACGGACGAGCACGACGGGGACACUGACGCGGACGCGGACGACGACGGGCACCACGGGCGCGGCCUCGGGGGGCACGCGCACCCGGCGCUGGCGCAGUACGAGUACUUCGCGGCGCGGCUGCAGCCGUCGGGCGCGGGCCAGACGCCGCCGCUCAGCUCGAUCUACCCCGAGGUGCAGCUCGAGGAGGCGGGCGCGGGCUUGGGCUUGGGCGUGGGGCUGGGCAGGCUGCCGUUCGCGAUGCAGGGGCCGGUGGGCAUGGCGGCGCUGAAGAAGGUGCAGAUCGCGGCGCUGCCGAGCCCCGCGCUGGCCCCGCCGAGCCCGUUCUCGCUGUACCCGCCGAGCCCGGGCGUCGGCGGCGGGGGCUCGCCGUUCGUCCCAAGGGAGUUUAGGGAGGUGGGCGAGCGGAGCGCGCUUGUGAUGCCGAAGAGGGAGUUGAGGGGGUUGGUGGAUGGCCAUGUGAAGGCGUUGGAGGUUGAGAUUGGGAGGUUGGCGGUGGCGGAGAGCCGAGAGGUGGAUGAGGACGGAGAGGUGCAAGUGCAGGGGGAGAGGGAGGCGGGGCAGACUGCAGCUGGUCAAUGACGCGGGUCCGUGCGCUUGUGCGCGUACGGGGCGUCUGCUAUCUUUGAGGGCGGAUAUAGCCCUGCUGCCUCCUGCCUCUCCUCACCUUCCAUC